CGCCCCGCCCCGCCGUGUGUUUACGUGGAGAUGAAGAUGGCGGCGAUGACGGCGCGGCCCGUGCGGAUGAGGACUAUUCGCCAGUGAGCGCAGCUUGGUUCCGCUCCGGACGGGGAGCGCCAGCGCGGCCUUGCUGACCGGGACGCGGAGCUUGAGUCCCGCCUCCGUCUGAACCGACCUUUCCUUUCCCCCGACCCCUCCCUGCCUUCCCCGUAGAGGCCAUGGAGGACGAGGAGCGGCAGAAGAAGCUGGAGGCUGGCAAAGCGAAGCUUGCCCAGUUUCGACUAAGAAAAGCUCAAUCUGAUGGGCAGAAUCCUCCCAAGAAGCAGAAAAAAAAAAGAAAAACCUCAAGCUGUAAACAUGACAUGCAUGGCUUGUGUAUUGAUCAGAGCAAUGAGAUGUACGUAAAUAGUUCUCAGGGGGUAGAAUCACCCGUGACUCCUGAUCCUGCAGUAGCGAGAACUCUGCACAGUGAAGAAAUGAUCAAGCAUGACCAGGUCUUCUCUGUUGAACCGGAAAGUGAAAUUUCAACCACAGCAGAUGAUUAUAGUUCAGAGGUAAAUGGUUGCAGUUUUGUGAUGAAAACAGGAAAGCCUACAAAUUUAUUAAGGGAAGAAGAAUUUGGCGUUGAUGAUUCUUAUUCUGAACAAGGAGCACAGUACAGUCAGACCCACAUAGAGAUGAUGGAAAAUGAAUUGGCUGGCAAACAGCAUGAGAUUGAAGAGCUAAACAGAGAACUGGAAGAAAUGAGGGCCACCUGUGGGACUGAAGGACUGCAGCAGUUACAAGAAUUUGAAGCUGCCAUUAAACAAAGAGAUGGCAUCAUAACACAGCUUACUGCUAAUUUACAACAAGCAAGAAGAGAAAAGGAUGAGACAAUGAGAGAAUUUCUAGAGUUGACAGAACAAAGUCAAAAAUUACAGAUUCAAUUCCAGCAUUUACAGGCUAGUGAAACUCUGAGAAACAGCACUCAUAGUAGCACAGCUGCAGAUUUACUACAAGCCAAACAACAGAUCCUCACUCAUCAACAACAGCUGGAAGAACAAGACCAUCUGUUAGAAGAUUAUCACAAAAAGAAGGAAGACUUCAAAAUGCAAAUUAGUUUUUUGCAAGAGAAAAUUAAAGUAUAUGAAAUGGAACAAGAUAAAAAAAUAGAAAAUGCAAAUAAAAUAGAAAUACAUGAAAAAGAGGCAAUCAUUGAAGCAUUAAAUACAAAAAUAAUAGAAGAAGAAAAAAAAACUCUUGAGUUAAAGGAUAAAGUAACAGCUACUGAUAAAUUACUAGGAGACUUACAAGAACAGGUUGUACAAAAGAAUCUAGAAAUAAAAAAUAUGAAAUCGGAGCUGACUAAUUCUAAGCAAAAAGAGAGGCAGUGUUCUGAAGAAAUAAAACAGUUAAUGGGGACAGUUGAAGAACUUCAGAAGAGAAAUCAUAAAGAUAGCCAGUUUGAAAUUGAUACAGUGCAAAGAAUGGAACAAGAAACACAAAGAAAGUUAGAACAACUCCGAGCAGAGCUGGAUGAAAUGUAUGGGCAGCAGAUAGUGCAGAUGAAACAAGAAUUAAUAAAACAACACAUGUCACAGAUAGAGGAACUUAAAAUACAACAUAAGGGAGAAAUGGAGAAUGCUUUAAAAUCAUAUUUACAUAUUUCAGUUAAUGAAGAUCAAGUAAAGUUAAUGAAUAUGGCAAUAAAUGAACUGAACGUAAAAUUACAAGAUACUAAUUCACAAAAGGAAAAACUCAAGGAAGAACUAAUGGUAGUUUCAGGAGAAAAGUCUGCUCUGCAGAGACAGCUGGAAGACCUUAUUGAAGAGUUGGGCUUUUUAAGAGACCAAAUUCAGAGAGCUAGACAGACGGUAGCUGAACAAGAAAGUAAGCUGAAUGAUGCCCAUAAGUCCCUCAGUACAGUGGAAGAUUUGAAAGCUGAGAUUGUUUCUGCAUCUGAAUGCAGGAAGGAACUGGAGUUAAAACAUGAAGCAGAAGUUACAAAUUAUAAGAUAAAACUUGAAAUGUUAGAAAAAGAAAAGGAUGCUGUGUUAGACAGAAUGGCUGAAUCACAAGAAGCUGAAUUAGAGAGGCUGAGAACACAACUCUUAUUUAGUCAUGAGGAGGAACUUUCCAAACUAAAGGAAGAUUUAGAAAUUGAACAUCAAGUAAGUAUUGAAAAACUUAAAGAUAACUUAGGCAUUCAUUAUAAGCAGCAGAUUGAUGGCUUACAGAAUGAAAUGAGUCAAAAGAUAGAAGCUAUGCAGUUGGAAAAGGACAAUUUGAUAACUAAACAGAAUCAAUUAAUUUUGGAAAUUUCAAAGCUAAAAGAUUUGCAGCAGUCCCUUGUGACUUCAAAAUCAGAAGAAAUGACUCUUCAAAUCAGUGAACUUCAAAAAGAAAUUGAAAUACUCAAGCAAGAAGAAAAGGAAAAGGGUACCUUUGAACAAGAAGUUCAGGAAUUACAGCUUAAAACAGAGUUACUACAGAAACAGAUGAAGGAAAACGAGGAUGACCAUCAAGAAAAAUUCGCACAACUUGAAGCAGAAAAUAGCAUUCUCAAAGAUGAGAAGAAAGCCCUUCAAAAUAUGCUGAAAAUGUAUACUCCUGUUAACCAAGAAGAAAAAUUGAUUUUCACAGAUUCUAGUAAGUCCAACCCCAAAGACUGUAGCUGGCAAAAAGAAAUACAGAUACUUACAGAGGAAAAUGAGGACCUCAAACAACAAUGUGUUCAUCUAAAUGAGGAGAUUGAAAAGCAAAGGAAUACAUUUUCAUUUGCUGAAAAAAACUUUGAGGUUAACUAUCAAGAAUUGCAAGAAGAGUAUGCUUGCCUUCUUAAAGUGAAAGAUGAUUUAGAAGACAGUAAAAAUAAGCUAGAAUUAGAGUAUCAAAGUAAGGUUAAAGCACUUAAUGAACAGCUUCAUUUACAAAGAGUAAAUCCAACUAUAGUGAAAGUGAAAAGUUCCAUCUUUGAUGAUGACAAAACUUUUAUCUCUCAGCCAUUGGAAAUUGGUGAGGUUGUUGAGAAAGAUACAACAGAGCUUAUGGAAAAACUUGAAGUAACCAAGCGAGAAAAAUUAGAACUUUCAGAGAAACUGUAUGAUCUUUCUGAACAGUUAAAACAGAAACAUGGUGAGGUCAACUUACUAAGUGAAGAAGUUAGAUCUUUAAAGCAAGAAAAGGAGCAAGUUUUGUUGAGAUGUAAAGAGUUAGAAAUCAUAAUUAACCAUAAUAGGGCAGAAAAUGUAAAUGCAUGUGAUGUUCAAUUAAGUGCUUUAGAAGAUGGAGUUAUGACUAUGACACACAGGGAUUCUGGAGGACAUGUUUCUAAAAAUAGUAAAGAUUUUGAUAGAGAAUCAGAAGUAAUGUUGGACGAUCAUAGUCGUUUUGAAAAUAUCACUAUUAGAAAGAAAAGCAAGCAAGAACAGUUUUUGCCAUCAGUAACAAAUGAAUCAUUGCCUGGGCCCACUGAGCCAUGGGAAAAUGAUAAACUCCAGCAAGAACUUGAGACACUUAAAUCAGAACAGAAUGAUUUAAGGCUACAGAUGGAAGCCCAACGCAUAUGCCUCCCUCUGGUUUACUCAACUCAUGUGGAUCAGGUUCGUGAAUAUAUGGAAAAUGAAAAAGAUAAAGCUCUUUGCAGUCUUAAAGAGGAGCUUAUUUCUGCUCAAGAGGAAAAGAUCAAGGAACUUAAGAAAAUACACCAGUUAGAGCUACAGAAUAUGAAAACAGAAGAAGCAGGAUCUGAUCUGUUGGAUGGUGAAGCAAAGCCUUUACAGAUGCUCAUUAGAAGACUUCAGAAGGCAGUGUCUGAAGAAUGUUCAGACAUCUCAAAGACUUUAUGCAGUGUCCUUGGUGAAUAUUAUACUUCUUUAAAAUGUGAAAUGAAUGUAGAAGAGAGAAAGAAUUCUGGUGUUCACAGCUCUCCAAAUCAAGAAGCAGAAUUGCAGGAGUGUGGCUCUGAAGUUCAAGACUUUCAAGAAAACAUGCAUAACCUUCUCAACAAAGUAGCAGAAGAAUACAACAAAUUCUUGGUACUCCAGACAAGGUUAAGCAAGGUUCAGGGACAGCAAGCAAAUGGUAUAAAACUUGAAUUUGCAGAAGAAAACCUGUCAAAGGAGGAAACAGAGUUCUUAUCAACCCAUUCUCAGAUGACUAAUUUGCAAAACAUUGAUGUCAAUCACAAAAGCAAGUUAUCUUCUCUGCAAGAUAUCAAAAUUAAACAACUUGAAGAGCAAGUUCAAGAAUUAGAAAACUUCAUAUCCUCUUUGCAAAAACAAAUGAAAGAAACUGAAGAAAACUAUGUGGCAGAGAUCCAUUGUUUACAAGAGAAGCGUCUAGCUGUUAGUGAGUCCACAGUUCAGCCCAGCUUCUCCAUUGAUUCAGUGCUAAUUAAAGAAUCUGAUGUACAGAGAACAAUGUACCCUGAAAACUGUCUAAAAGAGAAUGUUGAUGGUACAGUAGAGUUUUCUGGUGAAUUUGGAGUGAAACAAGAAAAAAAUAUGGUGACGUUGCUGGAAAAACAGUAUCAAGAACGAUUAGAAGAAGAAGUAGCUAAGGUCAUUGUGUCAAUGAGUGUGGCAUUUGCCCAACAGACUGAACUGUCCAGAAUAUCUGGAGGGAAAGAAAAUACUAUAUCAUCAAAACAAGCACAUGCUUUGUGUCAGCAGGAUGAGCAUUUUAAAGAAAUGAACUUAACACAGAGUCAAGUUUGCCUUCAGACUUUUGAGGCAAUAGAUAAGAAAUUUCAAGAAGAAUUUAAACCACUUAGUAAAGAGUUAGGAGAAGAUGAAAAAGAAGUUCUGAUAUCAAAUAAUUAUGAUCUUGAAGACAUACUAGAAUCAAAAGACCAUGAAUUGACUAUUUCAGAAGAAAUGUUCUCCAAAGAUAAAACAUUUAUAGCCAGAGAAUCUAUCCAUGAUCAAAUGUUGAUGUCAAGCAUGGAUGCUUCUAAACAGCUGAUGUUAAAUGAAGAACAGUUGGAAGAUAUGAGGCAGGAACUUGUACGACAAUAUGAAGAACAUCAGCAGGCAACAGAAUUGCUGAGGCAGGCACACAUGCGACAGAUGGAGAGACAGCGAGAAGACCAGGAACAGCUGCAAGAGGAGAUUAAGAGACUAAAUAGGCAAUUAGCCCAGAGAUCCUCAAUAGAUAAUGAAAACCUGGUUUCAGAGAGAGAGAGGGUGCUUUUAGAGGAGCUGGAAGCACUAAAGCAGCUGUCUUUAGCUGGAAGAGAGAAGCUGUGUUGUGAGCUGCGCAACAGCAGUACGCAAACACAGGAUGGAACUGAAAACCAAGUGGAAGUUGAGGAACAGACGUUUAAAGAAAAGGAAUUAGACAGAAAACCUGGAGAUGUACCUCUUGAUAUUCUGUCCACUGAAAGGUAUGCACUGCAGAAAGCUAAUAACAGACUUUUGAAGAUUCUCUUAGAAGUUGUGAAGACAACAGCAGCUGUUGAAGAAACAAUUGGCCGCCAUGUCCUUGGGAUUCUAGAUAGAUCUAGUAAAAGCCAGUCACCUGCCAGCCUGAUUUGGAGGUCAGAAGCAGAAGCAUCUGUAAAGCCAUGUGUCCAAGAGGAACAUGCAAGAGGUACUAGUUUCAUACACUGUGAAAUAACCAUCUUUAGCAAAUCUUUUUGUUGUUCUUUUUUUAUUAGCAUAUAUUGUGUUAUUUCCAUAUAUACAAAUAGUGUACUUUGAUCAA